UAGUCUGGCAUAGCCUGGCAUAGCCUGGCAUAGCCUGGCAUAGCCUGGCAUAGCCUGGCAUAGGUAUCUUGAUUGAUUAUUGUUACUUGAGUAUUGGCGGACUUAGCUCAUUUAGUGUAGGUCGCUGCAAGACUUAUCCAUAUCGGUCUCCCAAUGUCUCUCCCCGUCUCAGCCGCGGGUCAUCAUUGGAGCAUACUACAUGCACAUUCAUCAAUGCUUGUUCUGGUCGCUGGUCUCUCGUGACCGCUAUUGUACAGUACUAUACCAGACUUUGUAAUGGAAAUCCAAUGGUGGUUUUAAUUAGCUUUUUUUUUUCUCAUUAAUUUGGACCCGGCACAGCUCGCAUGCGAGAUACCAUUCCUAUUCAGAAAACCAUGCCUCCUCCCCCUUUGUUGAGUCAGCAGUCGCCAUUGGUACCACAGCGCCAGAAUUAUCAUCAGCAACAGCGUUCUGCUCGUUCGCUGACCCGACACCCAGCACCAGAGGCUUUGUCUGUGAGCAGUGCCUUGGCCCCAUCGUCGGCAAACAACGAUCUGUCCAACCCCCCUUCUGCCUCCUCAGCCACCACGAGUUUCCAGAUCGAUUGGUCUUCCGAUGGUGGCCCCUCGUCUGCCGCGUCUGCUCAUCGCCGUCCCGAAGAUAUCGAGAUGGAUACAAUAGCGCCGACCAGCCAUCGCCGCCGCCGCAGUACACUGAGCGCUGGUCUGAACGCGUCUGUUUCGCCAAAUGCAAGGACGGGGAGACCACGUGCCACCAGCAUCAAGAAUACAGGCGAUGUGGAGCCCAAGAUAUCAGAGGAGGACGCGGCAGCCUACAUUGCGAGACCGAAUGCUCGAGACGACGACUCUCUCUCGGACGAGGAUUUACACGAUGACGAAGAGACUGGGUUGACUAGCAAGGAUAAACGACGAAAGCAAGACAAGCGACGGCGGAAUACCAGGUUGGACCAGAGAAUAGCACGCGAUAAUCUAACCGACGAGGAGCGCAAACAAGCAGACCAGAAUGUCAUCAGGAGGUUAGCCAUCAAUGCUGUCCUGAUAGGGCUCUGGUAUAUAUUCUCAUUAUCCAUUUCUCUGUAUAACAAGUGGAUGUUCGAUUCCGGCCAGCUAAAUUUCCCUUUUCCUCUAUUUACAACUUCGAUGCACAUGCUCGUGCAGUUUUCCUUAGCCAGCUUAGUCUUAUACUUUAUACCUUCACUACGGCCGAACAAUGCGCCUCGCAGUUCUGAUCUGGGCCGCUCAAGGCACGAAUCUGAGCCCGAGCGACCCAUCAUGACCAAACUUUUCUACUUAACCAGGAUAGGACCAUGCGGGGCAGCUACAGGUCUCGAUAUUGGUCUGGGAAACACGUCGUUGAAGUUUAUAACGCUUACAUUUUAUACCAUGUGCAAGUCAUCGGCGUUGGCCUUCGUUCUUCUUUUCGCUUUUGUUUUUCGCCUAGAAACACCAACAUGGCGUCUAGUAGGAAUCAUUGCGACAAUGACGGCAGGCGUGAUUAUGAUGGUUGCAGGGGAGGUCGAAUUUCACCUCGGUGGCUUUGUCCUCAUUAUCUCCUCGGCCUUCUUCUCAGGCUUUCGCUGGGGUUUAACGCAGAUCCUGCUGUUAAGGCAUCCCGCUACUUCGAACCCCUUUUCUAGCAUAUUUUUCCUGACACCCAUCAUGUUUGCGACGCUACUUUUUAUUGCGUUGCCCGUAGAAGGCUUUUUGAAUUUCUGGAAUGCUUUCCAGACGCUCAGCGCGGAGUGGGGCUUUCUGAAGGCGCCGUUGCUGCUUUUGUUCCCUGGAACGAUUGCUUUCCUCAUGACGGCCAGCGAAUUCGCUCUGCUGCAGCGAAGUAGCGUCGUCACCUUGUCGAUCGCUGGUAUCUUCAAAGAGGUCGUCACCAUUAUUGUCGCGGCCUUGGUGUUCGAUGACAAGCUCACGCCCAUUAAUAUUUCUGGACUUCUAGUUACACUUAUCGCUAUCAUAGCGUACAAUUACAUCAAAUUGACGAAGAUGCGACGAGAGGCGCAGAUAGACGCUCACAGCAAAAGCUAUCAGCAGGAGCACUCCGACUCGUCCACUGAACGUGGGGACGAUGCCGAUGAUGAAGAUGCCAUGUUGUUAACACACGAGGAGGAUAGUGAUGUGGAAGGGAACCACGUAACUAUUGACGGCGAUCUGAUGCCGAGAUCAAAAACUCCAAGAUCACAAGAGGAUGGCCGACAGAGCCGGAUGGAUCGCCAGCGCAACGAUUGAGAUUCGACAUGAGUAUAUUCUUUUUCAUCUCGGUGUUGUUAUAUAGGGCAUUUUCACGGGAUAUGUAGCAUGUAUAUUGCCUUCUGUCGAUCACAGUUGGAUCGAUAUCUUUUUUUUUUCAUUGUCUGGUCUAUCACUUUUCAUGGUCAUCUAGAAUCACGCAGCAUUGGGUGGCUAAAGCGCCUACGGGGCAUCACUUUUAUUUGUUGGAAAUACCCAAUUCCCCGAAACACAACAUUUGGGAGAAAAAAAUGGUUUAGAAGGUGGGGGUAACAACACUAGAGCCUUAGGAUCGACUGCCUCUGAAUCGCGAAUUUCGUGGCAAUGGAGAGAGUAUGUGUUCAUAUAUGUGUGUGGUCAGGAAAAUGAGACUCUCGAAGGAAAGAGAAGGAAGGGAUAGCCCGGUCAGCGGGUUUGUAAUAUACAAGUAUACGAGCUAAGUAGAGAUAUUCUCCCCUGUAGGAUAGGUAGCUCUGCAAUCAUAUUACGUUGGGCGUCGUUGAGGGCAAAGGGCCUUCGAGUUGAUGCACUACCAGUAUAUAUAUAUUAAGCAUAUAUAAGUGUGAA